CUGGACUCGUACGUGCAAAGCAUCGUCUUCCAGUCCGGAAUUGACAACGAGAGGCGGCCCAUAGUCGUCCUAUCGAGCCCAGCCCUACCCGACCCCAAGGAAGUCAACUACGAUGACCUUCUCACGAGGAUCAUGGAUCAGAUGGAGCUCUUUGUGCAGAAUGAAUACACAGUCGUCUUCUUCGCUGGCGGCUCAUCGCACCGCCCUCCGUGGGCAUGGCUAUGGUCGGCCUAUCGUCGCCUCUCUCGACCCUUUCGCAAGAAUUGCAGGAGACUCUUUAUUUGCCACCCGACCUUCUUCACACGAUCCCUCGUCAGAAUCGUCUCCACUGGCUCGGCGGUCCUGUCGCCCAAAUUUGCAAAGAAGAUUACGCAGGUCAACUCUCUGAGCGAAUUGGCAGAGAAGAUCGAUCUGACGCAGAUUGACAUACCUCCGGAUGUGCUCAAGUGGAACAUGCACUACGAGAAGGAAGUCAAGAUCCCUGCUACCCUGAUCGAGGAGAAGACCGGUUUCCUGGACGCCACCGGAGAGCUCGUGAGUACAUCCAGCAAGCUUUUUGGCGUGCCGCUCGACGCUCUCAUGGGCGAGAAGGGCGAGAAGGGUGGUAUCCCACGAGUUGUCAAGGACUGUGUCGAAGAGCUACAACCCUCUCCUCCCAUCUCCAAUCUCGAUACCGAAGGUCUCUUUCGCAAGUCGGGCUCGACUGCUCUGCUCCAAGCCGCGCAACAGGCGUACGAUCGUGGCAGUCCCGUCUCACUCAAGCAGUACGACGACGCGCACAUCCCUGCUGGUCUACUCAAGCUUUAUUUCCGCAGUCUACCGGAUCCCAUCUUCUCGCUCUCUAUGUAUCCACUGAUCCGCAAGUGUCCCCACGUCGAAGAAGGCGACGAGGACUCAGUGCGCGAUGCGAUCAUCUACCUGCAAGACGUCAUCCUCCCGGCCAUCCUCCCUCAAAGCAAGCUCAUCCUACUGUCCUACGUUCUCGAAGUGCUUCACAAGGUCUCGAGGCGGAGCGAGAGGAACAAGAUGGACGCUACGAACCUGGCGACUGUGUGGGGGCCCAAUCUUGUCAGGAGUAGUGACCCACUCAAGGAUAUGGCCAUGUGCGCUGUAGCCGGAGCGCCGAAGAUGAGCACCUCUAUGCCCCAUGCGGGCAGCACAGGGAAGCUAGCGGGCAGUGAUCUGCCUCCAACGACGCUCGGUACGCUCCUGAAGCUAUGUAUCGAUCGCUAUUAUGAGAUCUUCGAG